AUGUCCAGCAUCGAGAAAGUACCGGUAUAUUCGACCUGGAACAACAAUACUCAUCCACAAUGGUGGCGCGAUAAGGGACUUCGGAAGAUGGUACUUUGCCUGACUUCGAUUUACGCCGCGUGCUUCACCUUCGGAUACGAUGGCUCCCUUCUCGCCUCGCUCCUCAUCAUGCCCCAAUGGAAGGCCUACUUCAACAACCCGGUCGGGAAUACCCUCGGCCUGAUCGCAGCCAGCUUCUACUUCCCCAAGAUCGUCGCGCCCAUUCCCGCGGCCUGGUGCUCCGACCGAUAUGGCCGUCGACCCACCAUGUUCAUCGGGUCUUGCAUCUGCAUUGCCGGCGCACUGGUCGUCUCGCUCUCGAAUUCGCAGAACAUGUUCAUCGGAGGUCGGGCGAUCCUGGGCUUUGGUUCGGGAUUCAAGCAGACUGUUGCACCCUAUUACCUACAGGAGCUCGCCCAUCCGCGAAUUCGAGCAGCCUGUGGAUCCCUGUACUACCUCUCGUACUUCCUCGGCACGAUCUGCGCCGGCUGGUUCGGCUUUGCGGUCCUCGGCUGGCAGUCCGAGUGGUCAUGGCGAACCUUGACACUUCUCCAGGCCCUCGGAUCCAUCUGGACCGUCCUCCUCGUCCUACUCGGUGUCAUGUCCGAGUCGCCCCGCUGGCUCCUCAACGUCGGGCGGAAAGACGAGGCCCACCGCGUGAUGGCGAAGUACCACGCCAACGGGGAUCUAGACGACGAGCUAGUCGUCAACGAGCUGGCAGAAAUGGAGGAGGUUCAGCGAACCGCCGUCGAAGCCAACGCGAUCUCGCUCCGCGAAUUCAUUCGUACGCCUGGAAACAGGCGGCGCACUGCCGUCGUCGUUGUCUCAGCCAGCGGAACUCAGCUAUCCGGCAGCGUCCUGAUCUCGGCGUACCUUGGACCCAUCCUCACGAGCGUCGGUAUCACCUCGCCAUCGCAGCAGGUCGCCCUGCUCUCCGGGCUCAACAUGCUCGGCCUCGUGGUCGUUGUGCUUGUCGCGUCGUUUGGACUGGAGAGGAUCGGGAGGAGACCGAUCUGGCUGGUCGGCUUGACAGGUCAGGCAGUCUUCUUCUUGGUCUUCAUCGGUCUGUCGGCGGGAUACGACGCGACCAAGAAUCCAAUGAUGGGGGUCGCAACGAUCCCGAUGAUCUACCUCUACUUUGGCUGCUAUUGUGCGACCUGGUCAGCAUUGAGCGCGAUGUACUGCACUGAAAUCCUGCCGACCACGCUUCGAUCCAAGGGUAUCGGAAUCUACAUCUUUGUCCUGUCAAUCGCCGUCACCUAUAAUCAAUAUGUCAAUCCUAUCGCACUUCAGGCUAUCGCUUGGCGAUACUACUUCCUCUUCUUUGCGCUGCAGCUCUUCUUCCUCGUCUUUGCGUACUUCUUCUACCUUGAGACCAAGGGUAUGACGAUGGAGGAGGUCGGCAACCUUUUUGAUGGCAAGGACCAGGUCGAAGCGAUCCAGGCCAGGAUCUAUGAGCGGCCUGCACGGAAGAUGGACGGUACGGAGGUGGAACAUGUCGAGGUCAAACAGUGA